AUAUGUACGCCAGAAUGAGGACCUUUUUCUCCGCAGGCCUGCUUCUCUGCCUGACUGGGCUUAGACACGGUAAAGUGAUCCUGGUGGCUCCUGGCAGUGAUGUGAGUGAGAAAUGUGAGGGCACCUGGGACGGAAUCAGAACCAAUGAUAUACAGCUGAAGAUAGACAGCACGGCCCAUCUCCUGGUGCAGAACUUUCAAGACAAAAGGCGUUACACAUGCGGCGAUACAGAGCUUAUACUGGAGAGGAGACAUGCCUCCUCAGGUGACGCCACCCUGCUGUACAGAGCCGUGGGUCAGUCCGUCCAUCUCUUCUGCAAACACCUGGGCGCUGAGACGUACUCAGGGGAAUGGAGCUGGAAACAUGGGAGCUUCAACAGAGGUUUCAGACGCCUCUCUAACAGCUCAGAGCCGUUUACAGGGCCAGUAUCUAAAAAAGGAGGGGGAGAUAAUGACUUCUCGCUGGACAUCUCUUCUGUGGAGUGGGGUGACUCAGGGCAGUUCCAGUGCACAAUGCGCCUGAUACGGCCGGGAGGAGGCCCAAAGAAACAGACAUCCUACGAGCUGGUGGUUGUUCAGGCCACAGCAGAGCCCCAGCAUGUGUAUGAGGGAGGAAGUGUGACCCUGUGUUGCUCUGUCUCUCUCUGGAAGACACCUUGGGAGUUAUGCUGGAUUCACCUGGAUUCCAACAGCAAAUACUCCUGUCAGCAUUACUCUACUUACCCAAACCGCUGUAAACCUGGGGGAGCAGCUGUCUUUAACACCGUGAGCAUCGUCAGCUCAGUCCAGAGCCAGUGGGCCUGUGCGGUUUUCCAUGGGGGCACACUGAGAGCUCUGCUGCCUGUCCAGCUGAACGUGUCCAAACACACCACCACACACACGCCACCCACACACACAACGCCGGUGCGGAGGGCCACGACUCCACUGGCAACACACAGCGAGAAUGCAGAGGAUACCAGAAACACCACGGCAACACAACACACAGAUCCAUCAGCAGGAGUGAGUGUCCCACAUGUCUGUGUCAUGAGUGUGUUUGGCCUGGUUGUGGUCAUCUUGGUGGCUCUGACUGCUCUGCUGCUGUGGAAACGCACAGAUAAAGAAGUGUGUGAGGAUGAGGAUGAGCGUAGGACAGCAGAUGAAGAGGCGUGUGCUGAGGGGCUUUUGCCCCACAGAGGGAGUGUGACAUACGCAUCGGUGCAUUUCAAGAGAAAACCUACUGAGGAUCUGAGCAAAGAUGUUGCACCCACAGAUCCUCCUGCUACUGCUGGUGGCACUGAGGGGGAGGAUGUCACAGUCAUAUACGCUGGACUGAAGAUGAAUUCAUGCAGUUAACAGAGACUCAUCUCGUCUAUUGUGAGCAGUCUGACUCAGAACUCUGUCUGCAGGUUUAUGCCCUUAUAGUUGUAAAUCCUCUUGAGUAGCCAUGUGGUGUCCAAAACCUGAUAGUUUGGGUACAGUGUAUGCAAUAUUAAGCAAUAUUUUAAACUUUAUAUUUUAAGCUUUAUUAUGUUUAUCCUGUUUAUUCUGUUUAUGGUGGCCGUUUUUGUAUGAUGCACAUCAUGCCCUUGUAAGUAUUAACAGUUGGUAAC